UGAUGAACGUAACAUGGCGGUGUCUUGUGUUUACAAAUUCGCAGCAUGACUUCGUGACUGCUGCUAUCCAAGUCCAGUGUGCUGCUACGUUGUUGUCAUUCGAAUACUCUAUUUCAGUAAAGAAGAGUUUCGCCUUUGCCGAAGAGGCUGUGAAACCUAAUAGAAAAACCGUAAGGCCGACCAAAGAGACUGAGACAUCCACAGUGCAGGAAGAAGCACCCUAGUAGCACCUACCACACUAACGUCUGACACAGGCAGACCACCAGGGAGCCAGGAUAUACAACUCAGCACUGUGACGCCGGGGGAAAGAAGAUUUGAGAGGAAGCACCGGAGGAUAGGACGAAAGAGUGAUCGAGAGAGAUGUCUGGUCCAGUAGAGGGGGGUGAAAGUGGGGAUGUGGCAGAAGUUGGACGGGAGGCAGAGGUGGAAAGCGAGCCUCCUCAAUCAGCACCACCUCUAUCCCAGGGUGAGUGCUUAGAACUGGGGGCGAAUAAAGAAGAGGCCCCUCCAGCAGCUAAGCAGCCCAGGCUCAGUGGAGAGGGGUUGGGGCUGAGUCUCAGCCUGGACCCCCCUGAUACACAUGGAGGACCCAUAGAACAGGCAGGAUUGGGGCAAGAAGACUUGGCUGUACUGACCCAUAAUGGAGAGGCCAACCAGCCAAGUGUGAUGGAAGGAGGAGAAGAACACGUGGGAGCCAAAGAAGUAGAAUGCCAUGAGAAUGGAGGUCCUUGUGAGGACCACGGCACGAGAGAGGGAGGAGAGGAGAAGGUGGAAGAGGGGGAACAGGAAAGCUCAGCUGAAAGCACCAGCGAAGGACAAAACCUGGGUCUCGAUUUCAGCCAGAACCCCCAGAUGCUGACUGGUUCCUGGGCUGAGUACUCCAGCCUCCCUGAGAACUACCUCAAGGGCUGCAAAUGGGCCCCAGAUGGCUUGUGCAUCCUGACCAACAGUGCAGACAAUGUGCUGCGUGUCUACAACCUCCCCCCUGAGAUCUACAGCUACAACUGGGACCUGCUCACUGAGAUGAGUCCAGUGCUGAAGAUGGCAGAGGGGGACACCAUCUAUGACUACUGCUGGUACCCCAAGAUGAGCUCCCUGGACCCUGACUCCUGCUUUAUAGCCAGCAGCAGUCGUGAUAACCCGGUCCAUAUCUGGGAUGCGUUCUACGGGGACCUGCGUGCCAGCUUCAGGCCCUACAACCAUCUGGACGAGCUGACCGCAGCCCACUCCCUCUGCUUCUCCCCGGACGGAUCACAGCUCUACUGCGGCUUCGACAAGACAGUGAGGGUGUUCUACACAGACAGGCCUGGACGAGAUUGUGAGGAAAGGCCCACUGUAGUGAAGAAGCAGGGUCAGGGUCAGAGUGGGAUCAUCUCCUGCAUGGCGUUCAGCCCGUGCCAGUCUGUGUACGCCUGUGGCUCGUACUCCCGCACCGUAGGCCUCUACUCCUGCCAGGACGGCUCUCAGCUGGCCCUGUUGCCGCCCAGGCACCACGGGGGCAUCACACACCUCACCUUCUCACCCGACGGGCACUACCUGUACACCGGGGGUCGCAAGGACCCAGAGAUUCUGUGCUGGGACCUGAGGGACCCGGGAAAGAUUCUGUUCUCUCUGAAAAGGAAUGUAGCCACCAACCAGCGGAUCUACUUCGACCUGGACCCGUCUGGCCGGUACUUGUUGAGUGGUGAUACAGAGGGGGUGGUGUCAGUGUGGGACACCCUCACAGCUCCCCCCGAUGGUAACCAGGAGCUACUGCAGCCUCACCUCCACUUCCAGGCCCAUAGGGACUGCACCAACGGCAUCAGUGUCCACCCCUUUAUGCCGUUGCUGGUGUCGUCCAGCGGGCAGCGCCAGUUCCUCUCUCCGGGGGACAGUAGCGAUGGAGACUCCUCGGGCUCUGAGGGAGAUGUCGUGAUGUUAUCACCUACCCCAGAGGUCAGACAGGACAACGCUCUGACUGUGUGGUGGGCCGGACCACUUAGCCCAGCCAACGAGGGGGCACAAGAGGAACCACCGCCAGUGGUGGUGAUUGAUUGAUUCUGAAGUAGCCCAGUUCAAACCCCCCUCCUCUGGACUGAACCAAAUGUCAAACUGCCAAUAUAAGAAAAUGUAGUAGUAGUACUUAUUCUGUUUAACAGUAUGGCAAUCAAUAUAUUGAGUUGUCCCUUGGAUUCAGCGAAUUACAGUUUCCCCAGUCUCGAGGCCAAGAUACAAACUAUUGUGAACGCUAACACGCUAACACGCUAUUACAAUUGAAUGGUAAUGUGCUACUAUGCUAGCAGGGAGCUUACCAAUUCCAAACCAAAUGUAAUUGUAAAACCUCUCAGGUUCAGAUGACCACCACAGCCAGACCAGGCCCUGUGUGUUGGGUUGAAUGUACAUCAAUCUACCUUCCACUCAUAUGUUGCUCUACGGGAGUGUUCUGUUUACCUCGUGUUAGUCUUUUUUUAUUGUUGUAAGUGCCAAGCUGGUGGCAUCGCUAUACAUGCAUCAGUAAAUGUAUAUUUUUGUAAAGCCAUGGUGAAUAUUGUAGUUUCUGAAUGUAUUAAAAUCGGUAAGCAGUUAGCAUAAUUGCUGUAACCACAAACAGACGGA